UGCUCGGUAACUAAGGACUGAGCAACUGAGUUCUUCCCAACCACAAAAGUGCUAUGCCUCCUGAGGAUCUUCCUUAGCAACCGUGGACAAACAUGAGUUACUACAGCAUAAGAUAAGAGACAUUUGGACUGGCAUUCCUGAAGCUGCAUCCAUGGACACUGUAAAGACCGAGGGAUCUCAGCCUGCGUACAGUCGCUGGUCAUACAGACCUUCCAGUUCUGCCAGCUUCUCGUCUAACACAACAGCCAGUGGUAUUGAAAAUGACAGCAGCAGUCUUAUGCAACAGAAGCUGGAAAAACAGAGGGCACUGCUGGAGCAGAAGCAGCGGCAAAAACGUCAGCAACAUUUGAUGGUCCAGCCCAACACAGAGAUUCGCCCCCGGCGUUCCAGGGCACGGCGUGGUGAAGAGCAAGCCCCGCUAGUCGAAUCUCAACUCAAUGUCACCAACGAUGUCAUAAUAGAUGGUAUUGAUGGCCCAGCAGCUUUCCUGAGCUCAGAACCUCCUGAUAUAGGAAUGAAAAUUCAAAUCCUGUCAGUGAGCCAGUCCCAGUCUCAGUCCCAGCCUGAGUCUCAGUCUCAGUCCCAGUCCCAAUCCCCUGCUGCUGAAGAGCCUGAGAGAGACGGAGACACUGAGACGCUGCUGGAGCCCAAGACAGAUAUCCACGAACUGCUGCAGAAGCAAGGUCUGUGCGAAAGCAUGAACUUUGAUGAAGCCAGUGAGCACGAGGAAGACUUGGAGGAAGAACGGACACGUUCUCGGUCCUCUCACACAGACAGCAACAGGCCUGCCUCGGCUACUAGUGGCAAGGACAUUCCUGAUCUGGUUACCCCAGGAUCACCCACAGCGGAAAACUUACUAGCCGAUGUGGCGAAUCUGGAGGAGUUUGUCUUACGCCCAGCACCACGUGGCGUCACAGUCAAAUGCCGAAUCACCCGUGACAAGAAGGGUAUGGACCGCGGCCUCUACCCCACUUACUACAUGCAUAUGGAGAAAGAGGAUUGCAAGAAGGUGUUUCUGCUGGCAGGAAGAAAGAGGAAGAAGAGUAAGACAUCCAACUACCUUAUUUCAGUGGAUGCCACUGACCUGUCACGAGAGGGAGAGAGCUUUAUAGGUAAACUGAGAUCCAACCUCAUGGGCACUAAAUUCACAGUGUACGACAACGGGACCAAUCCGUGUAAAAACCCCGGGGCUCUGCUGGAAGAAAGCAACACACGACAGGAACUGGCUGCCAUCUGCUAUGAAACCAAUGUGCUGGGAUUCAAAGGACCACGCAAAAUGACUGUAAUCAUCCCUGGCAUGAACAUGAACUUUGAGAGGCUCCCUGUAAGGCCCCAAAAUGAGCAGGAGAGUCUCCUGAGCAGGUGGCAAAACCAUUCGCUUGAAAAUCUGAUCGAGCUGCACAACAAGGCACCCGUGUGGAACGAUGACACCCAGUCUUAUGUGCUAAAUUUCCAUGGCCGUGUGACUCAGGCGUCAGUCAAAAACUUCCAAAUAGUUCAUGAUAAUGACCCCGACUACAUUGUCAUGCAGUUUGGUAGAGUUGCUGAAGACGUCUUCACUCUGGACUACAACUAUCCCAUGUGCGCUCUUCAGGCGUUUGCCAUUGGCCUGUCGAGCUUCGACAGCAAGCUGGCCUGUGAAUAGGUGCUGGUGCUCUGCCGGUAAAUUCCAGGAACUCAGUUUUUGUGCCCCCCCCACACCCAUGUCGUUUUUAUCAGGGUAGGUUAAACAUAUGUACACGUUUGUAGAGACUAAAAGGGAAAUGCAAAUGAAUAAUCUGUGCUGGAGACAGGUGCUCUGAUUAGACACCAAGUGCAAAAAGAACUGAUCUGCUAUUUAUGAACCUGUUUGAAGAUAUGUGAAAUGUUUAUUCUUCACAUAUUUUUUGUUGCCUUUUACAUUUUGAUUCCACUAAGUUUUUUACCUUAAAAAAUGAGCUAUCAUCUACAAUUCAUACUGUAAACAAUUUUGAACUAUGUAACAUGAUGGCCUUUCCUCUGGCACCACCUGCAGGCCCAACUUUAGAUGUUGUCAGCUAAUAAGGCAAACAGAAACGCACAGUUGCUGUACUUUAUUUCAACCCCCAUUUAUAAGGAACUGGCAUCACAGCCUCAACACUAGUUUAUCUUUUUUUAAUCCUUGUUUACAUCUUAAAUCAUAUAACGCAUGUUUUAAUCUGCCUUUUAUCAAUAGCUAAUUCUGAUAUUGUUUUUUCAUUGUUGUUAUCACGCUAACAUCCUUGUGUGAAAGGUGGGGGAUUUUGUGAGUAUUUUUUUUUAAAUUUUGUGACUGUAAUUUUGUUUUAGCAAGUUGGAUUAUCAUUAAACACAUGAAUGCAGAAUUGCACAUUUUAAGAAAAAUUAAAUAUAGACUUUAUACAGUAUGAAAUAUGAGGUAACACCUUAUUUGAGCCGUUCUUACAGUCUUAAAUUAUUCAAUGACAUUUCAAGACAUGGAAUUUUACAAUACUGUUUGGAAGUUAAACAUACACUACACACAGCUUUUAUUUUCUGUGCUACACAGAUCCUAGAACUGUUACACAAUUUCUUUUUCUGGGGGGGGGCGAAUAAUGAGUGUUCAGGACAUGUGGCAUUUUAAGGAACUAAGAUGGCAUUAAAGCCAAAUGUUUACUGCUCAUGUUUUGUUUUUCACAAUUUUCACUUCAACUCUUAUUUUCCUCCCUUUUUAAACAAAUUUGAUAAGGGGGGGUUAUUGUUUUCAUUAGCAGGGAUUUAACGUGGCGUUUUGGUUCAUCAUUAAAUCUCUCGAACUUGUUAUCUGUUCAAUGUAGUUUGUUCUUAGAUGGACUGAACUGGGAACAUUUUUUAUGGCCAGCAGUGUCAGAUACUUUUAAAACAGUUUGAUCUGGAUCCUUCAAAGAACCAUGAUUUUUUCAUGCUAAAUUAAUAGAAUUUUCCCAUUGUUUCCUGUUCAAGGAAGUGUGCAAUUACAUUCUGAAGAAAAAUAUUCUGUAUAUACUUUUACUAAAGAAGUCUUUGAUGAAACACAUUCCAGUCUGACCUUUGGAACACGCAGUCAGCUCAUUUGGCUGUAUGAAAAUAUACCAGCAGUUGAUCAAACAUGUUUUUGUUUUAUUAUACUGAGGUGAAUGUAUUUAGUGUUUAUAAACAUAACAGAAAUGAAUAUCAUUGAACAGAAAAAAAAGGAAAAAAGUGUUUAUUGUAAAAUCUUCAAAUAACAAAAAUAAAGGCAUUUUGAAAAAUUAA